AUGGAUAGGGGGCUGUCCGCCGAGGGGAGCGGCACGGAGCUGGGGGAGCGGGCAGCUCAGGAGGGCAGUGAAUGGGUCGCUGCCUUCCUCUGUCUCAUCAUCAUAUUGACCACAGCCGGCAAUUUUCUGCUGAUUUUGUUGAUUUUCACGCAGCGCUCUCUACGCAACACUUCCAAUUACUUCCUGGUCUCCCUCUUCAUGUCUGAUCUGAUGGUGGGUCUGGUUGUGAUGCCCCCGGCUAUGCUGAACGAACUGUACGGAAGAUGGGUGCUGGAGACUGAGUUCUGCUCCAUCUGGUACUCCUUUGAUGUGAUGUGCUGUAGCGCUUCCAUCCUCAACCUGUGUGUGAUCAGCCUGGACAGAUACUUCCUCAUCACCUCCCCCCUGAAAUACAAACUGCGGAUGACUCCGUGUCGAGCUCUGCUUCUCAUCUCCACCACCUGGACCCUGGUCGCCUUGGCUUCAUUCUUGCCCAUUGAGAUGGGCUGGCACGAGGUGGACUUUGAGGUUCAGAAGCUCAACUCCACCCUGGACAGGGAGGUGGAGCCAGGUCAAUGUCGGCUCUUGGUCAGCCUGCCCUAUGCUCUCAUAGCCUCGUCUCUCACCUUCUUCCUGCCGUCUGUCGCCAUCUCCUUCACCUACUGCCGGAUCUUGCUGGCCGCCAGGAAGCAAGCGGUGCAAGUGGCCUCCUUGACCACUAAUGUGGCCACUACUUCUGAUGACCCUGUGCAGGUUCGGGGAGCCCAGAAUCUAUCAGCGAGAGCCAUCGAUAGUCGAAAAUUUACAACCAAACACAGUAAGAGGGCUUUGAAGGCCAGCCUGACGCUGGGAAUUUUACUGGGGAUGUUCUUUGUGACCUGGCUGCCGUUCUUUGUGGCCAAUGUUACCCAGGCGGUUUGUGACUGUGUCCCGGCCCUGCUCUUUGAUGUACUGACAUGGCUCGGCUACUGUAACAGCACCAUGAACCCUAUCAUCUACCCUCUCUUCAUGCGGGAUUUCAAACGGGCCAUGGCCAAGUACCUGCCAUGCUGCCGGCGAUGGUGGGAGCGGCGGCCGAGUGUCGUGUCUUUCUCCAUGAGGAAUUCCAACAGCGCCCCUCGGUUGGCGCUGUCCCUCAAAAAUAUGUUGUCUCUGCGGCCAGAAACAGACUCUGCUGAGUCUGUUAUCCAGGUGAACGGCCACAUCCUCCUCCCAGCCGGCAAGGAACACAAGGUGACCGAGGACAAGCAUUUGGAAGCCACGGGGGCGGACUCAUUGCAUCUUUUUGAGCUGGAGCAGACGGAUCAGGAAUUCCAGGUAAACCAGCUGAACACACCAAUGGACUAG